AUGAACUCACCCACCGCAACAAUUAAUGGUGUCACCAUUCGAAACCAUGCCAAACCAUACCCGGCAAUCUCACCUCAACGACCUGAGCUGUCCCAAGCCGGUCGAGCCGUCCUCGUCUGCGGCGGUUCUACAGGCAUUGGCCAUGCAAUUGCACGGAAUUAUUGCAUUGCGGGUGCAUCGGCCGCCAUUAUCCUAGGUCGCCGUAGCGAUGUUGCCGAAAAGGCCGCUUCAAAGCUAAAAGAGGCUUACCCCGGCACCAAGGUCACCUGGCGUAUUUGUGAUCUGUUCAUUAGAGACCAAGCCAAACAACUCUGGGAUGAGUUGGAGAAGGAAAAGACUUUAAUUGAUGUUCUCAUCGUUAAUGCUGUUGGCCAGCCAGAGCUCAAGCCAAUCCUAGAGCAAGGUGCGGAUAGACUCUGGCAGGACUUUGAGAACAACGUCCAUGCUCCUUUAUACGUCGUUGAGAGAUUCUACAAACAGUCGGGACAUACCAAACAAAAGUUCGUUGUGUCGGUGUCGACUCAAGAUAUCCAUCGCUGGGACAGCGCGCCUCAAAUGCCUGGAUACCAACUGACCAAGAACUCCUUCGCAACCGUCAUGCAACAGAUCGCUCGCGAUACGCCAGAGUCCGAUAUGCGUAUCGUCUCAUUUCACCCAUCGAUUGUGUUCACAGAAGCAGCAAAGAAGGCCGGAUAUACCGAGGACACUCUACCUUGGACAGAUGAGAAUAUCCCUGGUGGCUUCGCUGUAUGGGCUUCUUCCCCAGAGGCGGAAUUCCUUCAUGGUCGUUUCGUAUGGUCUACAUGGGACGUAAAUGACCUGGCAUCUGGAGAUAUCAGGAAGCAGAUUGACUCGGACCCCUGGCUACUUAAAGUUGGAGUGAAGGGCUUGUAA